UUAUUCUUACGAUCUUCUUUGCUGGUGCGAUCAUGGCGGCAAAAGCUGGCAGAGUAUCGCCUCCUCCUCCAUCUCCCACCAUAGUAAAGGCGUGCAGCACUGCCCAAUACAAAGACUUGUGUAUCGGGUCGUUAUCCUCAGCUCCAGGGGCAUUAAAAGCAGACAUGAAAGAGCUGGCUAUGAUAGCAGUAAAGUUGGCCUCAAAGAAGCGCAUGAUUUUUCUGGCUAUGUUGUAAACAUGAAGAAAGUUGAUCAUAGUAGAUCUGGUGGCCUCGAGGACUGUGUGGAGCUUUUGAAAGACACAGUGUCUGAGCUCCAUAAUUCAUUGUCCAGCUUGAUGAGCACAGAAAAGAAAGGCUCUGAUAUAGAGGACAGUGUAUCUGAUGCCAGGACCUGGCUCAGUGCGGCUUACACAAAUCCUGAUACCUGCUUUGAUGGCUUAUCUAAUCACCCAGAUAUCUCUGCCCUCAUCCAGAGAAGAUCACUGUAUCUAUCAAAGUUGAUGAGCAAUGCGCUUGCUGUUACUGCAAAGCUUGCUGAUGAAGAUGACCCAUAAGGCGGUUUAAUGUAUUGCGUCGCUUUGGGUAUGUGGGUUUUGUUUUCAAGAAUGUCUCACAGUCUAUUUUCUUUUCUUUGAAAUGAUGAUUGAAUUAUAUUGGUAGAUUAUAAUAUAAUGAUAAGUAUGUAUCCAUAUCAAUUGUGGUCUAGAAUGUGUUUAAAGGUUCGACUGGCUACUGUGAAAGAGGGGCGUGUUAGCAAAUGAUUUCUGGUGUUUCCAUCUGCAAUGUUUAGUUUUGAAUAUAUGUUAGUAUGAUAAUAUGGUUGAACUGGUUGUCUGUAUGUCUUCUCCAUUUUGUCUCUGGAGAAUUGGGUGGGUUAGUGGAGCUACCUGUUAAUAGGUGGGGUUUUUUUUUGGCAUAUAAAAUGUAUCUAAGUGGCAAGUAUACUGUCUCCGGUUGGCUGUGAUACAGUGAAGGUCGAAAAAGUUACAGUUGAACAGAUGUAUUAUAUAUCUAGGUGGGAAGUAUACUGUCUCCGGUUGGCUGUGAUACAGUGAAGGUUGAAAAA